AUGGCGUGUAUGCCAAACAUGGCGACGAAUGGCGCCCGGACUGCGCGCGCCCGGAUCGUGCACGGGGCACAGAUCCAGCCAGCGCCGUUGGCGGGCCCCGCGAUGCCCGCGGCGUUACCUUCUCGCCAGGUUCCAUUGGGGAGGGUGCCAGCCACUUACGGGCACAUGUCGUUGCUGAACGCGCACAGGGCAGGUGCUUUUCCGACCAAUCAAGCGGCGGCCAGCGACGAGGCUGGCGCAUCCAAUCUGGCCAACUCGCUGGUCUUGAUGCGCGAGGGUGGCAGCGCCCUGACGGUUCAUUUGAAGGAAGAGGCUUUUUUAGACGGAGAGAUUUCGAAAGAUGAGCCCGAGGAAAAGUCGGCGAUGAUGGAAUUCGUGGAAUCCAAGUGGUUCAGCAAUCUUGUGUUUGUCGCGAUUAUCCUCAAUACUGUAGUAAUUGCAUGCGAGGCCGAUGCGUCAAAGCCAUCUUGGAUGCCAGGGUUUCAGCUUAUGAACUCUGUUUUCGGUCUUUUCUUUUUGGUGGAGAUUUCUCUCCGGCUGUCUGCAUACGGUUGCGCUUUCUUCACCAACGAGGAUAAGGGUUGGAACAUUUUUGAUUUUGUCAUAGUGUGUUUGGGUCUCUGUUUCUUACCAAUCAUGAUUAUCUCUCACUUCAGCACGGCAUUCAGUGCAGGUGCGCACGCCGAUCGUAUCAACGUGGCCUCUCAGAUUGGGCGAGUCUCCCGGUUGACCAGGCUGCUGCGCACCGCCAGGCUUUUGCGCAGCGACAGGGCGAAGUUUGUGGUCGAUGGCAUGCGGAAUUCGAUAGAGCCCACAUAUUGGGCGACGGUGAUCUUUUUCGUGGUCACCUUCAUGUACGCGGUGGUGAUCGUCAACGUCGUCAAGAACUUCCCGCGGCAUUCCGAGGAGGAAGACGAGGAUGGCAACUCAGUGUCCGACGUCGUCUUCGAGAAGUUCGGCAACAUUCCGGCAGCAUUGCAGACCCUUUUCACCUGGUUGACGUUCGACGAUUGGGGAGGGGUCGCACGGACCAUCAAUUCGGUCUUUUGGUGGAUGGAGUUCGUCUGGAUCUCUUUCAUGAUGUUGUCGGCGUAUACGUUCCUCUCCCUGAUUACGGGCAUCAUGGCAGACCAGCUGAACGAGGCAAGGCUGGAGGCCGAAGAGGGGAGCACGGAUCAGUUGGUGCAGGACCUUGCGAAGACGCUCGAGAGGCAGUUCGAAGAGGCCGACAAGACGAAUGACGAUUUGGUGGAUCUGGAGGAGUUCAAAGCCCACAUCAGCGCCUCCCAAGUGCAGGAAAAACUCGACAAGAAGGAUGUGCAGGUGACUGAGGUCGAGAUGGUUCAGCUGUUCAACGCUCUUGAUGCCAAUGGAAGCGGGAAACUAUCGCGACGUGAAUUCGUCACAGGGUUCACCCGGGUUUUAUCUGAGCAUACAAGCCAGGACAUCAUGGUUUUGGAGGGCAAUUUGAACAGACUCGAGGGGCUGAUCAAGCGCGAACACGGCCAGCAAGGAUUUGAGCCCUUGAUGGAGCAAGUCUCGCGCUUGGGGCAGCGGGCGGAGAUGGUCAAGACACGGAUGGUCCUCCUCGAGCAGGAGGUGGCUCUGCUGUUCAAGAUGGCCGAGUACAACGCGCUCUGA